AUGGUUAACUAUAGAAGUAUUGAUCAAGGAACGUUUGAGAGAGUGAUCAUCAAUGAUAAUGCGAGAAUUAGCAUAAAUAGGAACUUCAGUGCACAGGUUCUUGAGCGUGUUGGUGAAGAUGGGACGUUGUUGAAUGCUUUCUGGUCUGAUGCCCGGAGCAGAGAUUCCUAUAAAUACUUUGGAGAUGUAAUAACAUUCGACACAACCUUCUCUCUGAACAGGUUCCGUAUGCCCUUUGCACCCUUUAUCGGUAUCAACCACCACGGAUCAUCGAUAAUAUUUGGGGCUGCAUUAAUCACGCACGAAGACACAGAAACUUUUGUAUGGGUGUUUGAGCAAUUUCUGAAGUGCAUGGGUACGAAACCAAAAGGAAUUUGUACAGAUCAGUGUAGGGCGAUUGGUAGAGUAGUGGAGGUUGUGUUCCCCAGUGUCCCGCACAUAUUUUGUUUAUGGCAUCUCCUCCAGAAUGCCAUGAAGAACCUGGGAACCAAUGCCAAUUGGAAAGAUAUUGACCGUUUAAUACAUACAACUGUCCAUGAUAUGAUGGAUCAGGAAGAAUUUUAUGAAGCUUGGUGUAUAAUAAUGGAUAAAUAUGGUCUAAGGGAAGCAGGUUGGAUGAAGGAGCAAUAUGAAACAAGGAGUCAAUGGGCGCCCGCGUAUUGUAGAGGCACUUUUUGGGCUGGGAUGUCUUCCACGCAGAGGAGUGAAGGUUUGAAUAGGUUUUUUAAAACUCAAGUUAAUUUACAAUGUGGAUUGCUUACAUUUGUGAAACGGUACGAGCAAGCUUUGAAAAUUAAAGCCGCGGAGGAAGCAGAUAAUAAUUUAAAAACAAGGGAAAAACCUCUGAAGUUUAACAAGACAAUACUAGCGGAGUACGUUUUCCAGAAGUCGUACACAAAUGCAAUGUUUGCGAAGGUGAAGAAAGAGUGUGAAGGUUUGCUUCACACAAAUUUUACGAAGAAAGACUAUGCACUGGGGUCAGCAGUAUUCUACGUAGCUGUUGAAAGGUUCCCCACUGUAAUUCGGCGGAAAAAAGUCAGGACCUUCGACGUGACAUGUGAUAAGGUUAAUGGUGAAUUUUCUUGCUCGUGCAAAUUGUUUGAGUUUAGAGGUAUAUUAUGCAGACACAUAAUCUGUGCCAUGUCCAUUGAAGACGUUGAAUUUAUCCCAGAAAAGUACAUCCUACAGCGCUGGAAGAAAGACGCGAGGUCGUAUGAGAACAUAAAGGUGUCCUACUAUGAUCCAGAAGAAUCCGCAGUGGAGAUGAAGGCCACGGAUAAAAUUAGGCUGACUCUGGAGGAUUUAGUUGGAAUACGGAAGACUGGGGAGCUUGGGGAUGAAUCAAAACCGUGGUGGGAUCUCGCAUCACGUAGUGUAUUUGGGCGUCGUAGAUUACGUCCAAGGGAGAACAAUGAAAGAGAACUUGUACGAAAUGCACAACCUGCUGAAGAAGAUGAAGGAUGCAUAAAAACCCCUAUGGAUAAGCGACGAACGGGCAGGGGGAAGACUAGACGAACAACGGUCUUAUGUGAUAAGCGUAGGAAGGUGCCAGAUGCGGCUGUUGCCGAGGAAAUAGCUACAAAGGAGCGUCGGGUCUUUCGGAAGGUGUCAAGGACUGUACAUCAUCCGUUCACGAGGUUCUUGAUAUGCCAAAAUUACAAGCAGCCUAAUGGUUGUUCCUUUUUUGAGUGGAUUGAUAAUCCACACCCUAUUGAGCUAAGUAUUGAAAUGGUGAACGUGAUUAAGAGGAACAAAGAUCUGGAGGAAGAUGCAUCUGACCAGAAGAAGAAGAUAUUGGUACAGAGCUGUGUAAUUUUAUUUAUACUUGCUACUUUGAUUUUGGUUAUUUUGUGUAAGUGUAAGUGA